AUAGUGUCAUUUUUCUCAUACAAAAGAAGUUAAAAAUUAAUAUCUAAACCAAAUAUGGAUUUAUCAAGGCGGUCUCGAUUACCGCCCUUGAUAGUAUUCAUUAUAUUGCUAUGUAUUCAGACGUCACAUUCACGAUUUUUUGGUGAGCGAUUAAAAAGACAAAAUGGCGCACAUAUGUAUCUUUCUGCUAGUUCGAUAAUACCCGGAGGUGAGGGUGAGGAUCCAAGGGAGUGGAGCGAUUGGAGUUCCCCUUCUGAAUGUUCGAGAUCGUGUGGAGGUGGUGUUUCGUUUCAGACAAGAGAAUGUUUGAGGACAACGCCAAAUGGUGCUCCUAUCUGCAAUGGGGGAAAUCGUAAAUAUUUCUCUUGCAAUACGCAAGAUUGUCCAGAAGAGGAACCAGAUUUUAGAGCUCAACAGUGUUCACGUUUCAAUCAUCAGGCAUUUGAUGGAAUUUUCUACGAGUGGGUUCCUUAUACGAAUGCUCCUAAUCCGUGUGAGUUAAAUUGUAUGCCAAAGGGUGAGCGAUUUUACUACCGUCACAAGGCUAAGGCUAUUGACGGUACGCGAUGCAGUGAUAAAGAUCUAGAUGUAUGUGUUGAUGGCCAAUGUCAACCAGUUGGCUGUGAUAUGAUGCUGGGAUCAGAUGCAAAAGAAGACAAUUGCCACAAGUGUGGCGGCGACGGCACCACAUGCCGCACCAUUGCUGACAAAUUUACAACGAAUAAUCUUGCUGCUGGUUACAAUGAUUUGUUGUUGGUACCAAGUGGUGCCACCAAUAUUCGCAUACAGGAAAUAUCGCCGUCAAACAACUAUUUAGCUUGUCGUAACUUAAGUAGUCAUUAUUAUUUGAACGGAAAUUGGCGAAUAGAUUUUCCCAGACCAAUGUACUUUGCUGGUUCGUGGUGGAACUAUCAAAGAAAACCCACGGGCUUUGCAGCACCAGAUCACUUAAGUUGUCGAGGUCCCAUUAGUGAGUCAGUUUUUAUUGUGAUGUUGGUGCAAGACAAAAACGUUAGUAUUGAAUAUGAAUACAGCAUUCCACAAUCUGUGAGUUCGAGUACACCAGACGUUUAUUCAUGGACCCAUAUGGAAUAUGGACCAUGUAGUGCUUCUUGCGGAGGUGGAACACAGACACGUGGAGUCACUUGCAAUAAUCGAUUUAAUUUAGAAGAGGUUGAUGCAAGCUUUUGUGAUGAAAAGGCAAAGCCAGCAGAAAGUCAAGAAUGUGGGACGGAACCGUGUGCACCUCACUGGGUCAAUAGCGAAUGGGGAAAAUGUUCUAAAGGUUGCGGCUCAGAUGGUAUUCAAAAUCGCAGUGUUACUUGUGAGCGUAUAUCCCCAACAGGAGAACAAACGAUUGAAGACGAUGCAGUUUGUUUGGAAGAAGUUGGCAACAAGCCUGCCAAUCAACAAGAGUGCAAUCGGGAUGUAAAGAACUGUCCCAAAUAUCAUUUGGGUCCUUGGUCUCCGUGCGACAAAUUGUGUGGCGAAGGCAAGCAAAAGCGAAAAGUCACUUGCUACAUUGAAGAAAACGGCCGAAAAAAGGUUUUAAAUGACGACGACUGCAUAGAAGAAAAACCAGAAACCGAAAAGAUGUGUAUGUUGACUCCAUGCGAAGGUGUGGAUUGGAUAAUAUCACCAUGGAGUGGAUGUGAUGCUUGUGGACAAACAACAGAAACUCGUACUGCAAUUUGCGCUUCCAAAUCCGGUAAGGUUUAUGAUGAUGAAUUUUGUGCUCCUGAAACACCGUUGUUGUCCAGGCCCUGUGAAUCAAAAAAAUGUAAAACUCAGUGGUUUACAUCCGAGUGGAGUAAGUGCUCGUCACCUUGUGGCAAAGGUAUUCAAUCGCGGGUUGUUCUGUGCGGAGAAUUUGACGGCAAAACUAUUACCAAAGUAACGGACGAUACACAAUGUGAUGCUACUACCAAACCUGAAGCUGAGCAGGAAUGCGAAGGUGAAGAUAAGGAAUGCCCUGGUCAGUGGUUUACUGGGCCAUGGGAAUCAUGCACUAAGCCUUGUGGGGGAGGCGAAAGGCAACGCGAGGUCUUAUGUUUGGCCAACGGUACUAAGUCCAAUAACUGCGAUGAAUCUAAAAUCGAGUCGUUGUCUGAAAAAUGUAAUACUCAGGCCUGCACUGAAGACGAAGUCAUGCCCGUAGAAAGUACAGAUAAGCCAGUAACUGAUGAAGAAUAUGAAGAAGACUGUGAAGACGAAGAUGACGAGGAUAAUAUAAAGUAUGUAACUGACAAAAUGAGCGAAGAUCUAAAGAUUUCCGAUGGUAUCGAUUUGGAUGAGCAAUCAACAAUGUCAUCUUUAAUGACAGAUGACCUUAUGUUGAGUGACAGUACUCCUGCAGUUGAUACUACCGAUGACGAGAGCUCCACCAAUAUACCUCUUACUACUGUUGAUGGUUCAGGCGAUCAGUCGGAGAGUACUGACAUGUCUAGUAUAUCCACAGAAGGUAGCGGUGAUGAUACGGAAGCAACUUCAGAAACUCCAGAUCAAUCCCAAUCUACUGAUGUUUCUGGAUCCACAGGAUCUGACACCACUGAAUCUGCAACUACAUCAACUGAAUCUUCUACAUCUACAUCUGAUAUUGACUCGACAUCUGCCGAUAUCUCUAGUUCUACAGACAACUCGGAAAGUACAUUGUCAGAGUCCACAGAUAAAUCCACUGUGGCUUUUACUACUGAUAGUUCCGAAACUACUGAUGCUUCUCAAUCUACAGACUCAUCUACUGACACUUCUGUCGUCACUGAUACUUCUGAAUCUACAGACCAAUCAACUAUGUCAUCUGCUACAGAUAGUUCAGAAACGACAGAUGUUUCUAAAUCGACAGAAUUAUCUACUGAAUCAUCUGGUUCAACAGAUACAUCUGAAUCUACAGAUAAAUCUACUGAGUCCGCUUCUACAGACACAUCUGAAUCAACUGUUUCAUCAUCAGAUGUCUCCACAGACUCAUCUUCUGCCACAGACGUUUCAACUGAAUCUUCAUCAUCGACAGAUUUAACAGAUUCCACUGAAACUUCAGUGACUACUGAAACUUCAGCAUCUGAAUCGUCUGAAUCAACCGAUUCAUCAACAUCAGAUUCAACAGACUCUACUGUUUUAACCGAUUCGACAACAGAAUCAUCAGAUUCAACAACAAAUCUAUCAACGGAAUCGACAGAAUUUGCUUCUACUGAAACUUCUGUUUCAACCGACUCGACAACUGAAUCAUCAGAUUCAACAACAAAUCUAUCAACUGAAUCCACAGAAUUUGCUUCUACUGACUCUUCUGGUGCUACUGAUUCAUCUGAAUCGACUUACCUUACAUCCUCUACAGAUGAUUCAACAUCGACAGAUAUUUCUUCAUCAACUGAAUCAUCAUUAUCGACAUCAUCAGACUCACAAAGUUCCACAGAGUCUUCUGAAACCACAUUAUCCUCAGCACUUACUGAUGAAACAUCUUCAACAGAUAUAUCUACAUCUACUGAUGUUACUUUAUCAUCUACUGAUAUUUCGACAGCAUCAGAAACAACAGACAAAACUGAAAGUUCCGAAACUACAGAUGUGUCUAAAUCGACAGAAUCAUCGACUGAAACAUCAGAUACUUCCGAAUCUACAUAUAAAUCAACUGACUCUGCUGAUACCACAUCUUCUGACAUUUUAACUGAGUCUACCAUAGAUGUAGAAUCAUCUACAAGUUCCGAACAUACAGACUCUACAUCCGACACUACAGAUUUCUCAACUGAUGUCACAACAGAUUUAGUUAGUACUGACGCUGAACACACGACCGAUGAAACUACUGAACACACAUCUUCAGAUGACAGCACAAUGGAAACUGAAACGACAGAUAAGACUUCGGACGUAUUUAUUUCAUCGUCGACUUCCUCAGAUAUUUUCGAUUCUACUACUGAUAGUUCUGGUGACUCCUCACUUUCAACCGAUGAAUUUACAACAGUUGAUAUAUGGACGACUGAAGAAGACUUUGAAAAGAGUACUCCAAAUACAUUGGAAGCAGCUAUUACGAAAGAGUCUAAACCUAAAAAGUGCAAAGCUAAGAAACAGAAGGAUUGCAAAAAAACAGAACAUGGAUGUUGUCCUGAUGGUAAACAUAUUGCAAAAGGUCCAUUCGACAAAGGUUGCCCAAUUGCUAAGACUUGUGCCGAAACCGAAUUUGGCUGUUGUUAUGAUGGUGUAUCUCCGGCUGGUGGUAAAGACUUUGAGGGUUGCCCUAAAUCGCAAUGUGCUGAAACACUGUUUGGCUGUUGCCCGGAUAAAUUUACUCCUGCUGAGGGAGAGGAUAACGAAGGAUGUCCUGAACCAACUACAUUGCCACCAACUACGACUACUGACAUGCCAGAAGAUGAAACAACAGAACUUAUGGAAACCGAAAGUGUUGAGACUGAAAGUACUGAUGUACCAGAAACUACUGAUAUGUUUGAUACAACAGAUAUCUCAGAAACAACCGAUGCAACACUACCCGAAGUUACGGUACAAUCUUGUUCUUUCAGUGAGUUUGGUUGUUGUCCUGAUGGCAAAACUGUCGCUUCUGGCAAAAACUUUGCCGGGUGUGAAAAUGUGUUUGAUGCUAAGGAUUGCAGAAAUUCAUUGUUUGGCUGUUGCCAUGACGGUCGUACAUCAGCUACUGGCCCUGAUUACGAAGGAUGUCCGGCAUGCACUUCUGAACCAUACGGCUGUUGUCCAGAUAACGAAACUCCAGCUCAUGGUCCACUGGGUGAAGGCUGUUGUUUAAAUUCACCCUAUGGCUGUUGUCCAGAUAAUAUUAACAGUGCUCGUGGUCCCAACUUUGAAGACUGUGAUUGCGAAUAUGCUCCGUAUGGUUGUUGUCCAGAUAAGAAAACUGCUGCUCGUGGUCCUAACAGUGAAGGAUGUGGUUGUGAAUCUUCUGAGUUUGGCUGCUGCCCUGAUAAGCUCACUCCCGCUCUUGGUCCCAAAUUUGAAGGCUGUGCCUGUCAUACAUUACAAUUUGGUUGCUGUCCGGAUGGUAUUACUGUGGCUCAAGGACCUCAUCACUAUGGCUGCCAUUGUUCUCAAACUGAAUUCAAAUGUUGUCCUGAUGAAAAAACUCCGGCUAAAGGCCCUAAUAAUGAUGGUUGUACUUGCUUGGAGAGCAAACACGGCUGUUGUCCAGAUGGUGUUACUUCAGCACAAGGAGACAAAUUUGAAGGCUGCGAAAAUGUUAAAGAACCACCGCAGUUGUCUUGCAAAUUACCCAAAGAAACUGGUUCCUGCGGCAACUUUACCAUUAAAUUCUUCUUUGACACAUCAUAUGGCGCAUGUGCUAAAUUUUGGUAUGGAGGAUGCGGAGGCAACGGAAAUAGAUUUGAUUCAGAAGGCGAUUGUAAAGAAACCUGCCAAGAAUUCAAGGGUAAAGAUGCAUGUCUAUUACCCAAGAGUCAAGGACCAUGUACUGGUUAUAUUACAAAAUGGUACUUUGAUGCUGAACGUGGACGAUGUGAGGAAUUCAAAUACGGUGGAUGCUAUGGCACAAAUAAUCGCUUUGACAGUCUGGAAGAGUGUCAGUCACUGUGUACAGUUAGUGAGAGUGUCCCUCCUUGUGAACAACCAAUGGAUCAAGGUCCAUGUGAGGGUAGCUUUGAACGGUGGUUCUAUGAUAAUACAACCGAUGUAUGUCAUCCCUUCACAUAUGGCGGCUGUAAGGGCAACAAAAACAACUAUCCAACUGAACAUGCUUGUAAUUACCACUGUCGACAACCAGGAGUACAUAAAGAUUAUUGCUCACUACCUAAGAAAAUCGGUGAUUGCGGCGAAAAACACGCCCGUUGGCAUUAUUCCGAAGCAGAUAAGAAAUGUAUGCCUUUCUAUUACACUGGUUGUGGAGGAAAUAAAAACAAUUUCCCAUCUUUGGAAUCAUGCGAGGAUCAUUGCCCCAAACAAGUUGCCAAGGAUAUAUGCGAAAUUCCUGCCGAAGUGGGAGAAUGCACAAAUUAUGAACCUAUGUGGUACUACGACACUAAAGAUCAACGCUGCCGUCAAUUCUAUUAUGGAGGUUGUGGAGGCAACGAAAACAAGUUUACUUCAGAGGAUGCUUGUAAUCAAAGAUGUGAAAAGAAACUUGAACCCGAACCAGAACCAGAACCCGAAUAUAAACCAGAACCUGAACGAGUUCCUGAAUCAGCCCAACCCCCAGCAGCCAUCAAUGUGUGUGAUGAGAAACCAGCUCAAGGAGAAUGUCAAAACUACACUAUGUUGUGGCACUUUGACAAGGAAAAUUCAGUUUGUCGUCAAUUUUAUUAUGGCGGAUGUGGAGGCAACGGAAAUAGAUUUGGAAGCCAAGAAGAUUGUGAGCGACAAUGUGUCGGGGAAUUACCUAGAAAAACCGAAUCACAGCCCGAACCAGAACCCGUUCCCGUCCAGCCUGAACAACCAACUGAAGAAAAUGUAUGCUUAUUACAACAUGAAACAGGCGACUGUGAGAACUACGAGCCAUACUGGUAUUUCGAUGCCGCAACUUCUCUUUGUUCCUCAUUUUACUAUGGCGGUUGCGGAGGCAAUGGCAAUCGUUUUGCUUCAAAAGAGGAAUGUCAUAGUCGCUGUGGUGCAGAACCUGGUUUCCAAAACAGAUUUGAACCCGACUUGGAGGCAAGUCCGGAAACUGAUGACAUUCGUAAAUGUUUCUUGCCAGUUGCUACUGGAAACUGCUUAGAAUAUGAGGUUCGUUGGCAUUAUAACAGUGUAGAUGGCGUUUGCGAUCAAUUCGUGUACACAGGUUGUGAUGGCAAUGCCAACAGCUAUGCUUCAGAAGACGAUUGUGAAAAUGAAUGCUUCCCCGUCCAGGAGACAUGCGUUUUACCACCACUGAGAGGUAACUGCAAUGAAAGUAUGAUCAGAUGGCAUUUCAAUGAAGAAACGGGUAGUUGCAGUGAAUUCGAAUUUACUGGUUGCCGAGGUAAUAGAAACAAUUUUGUAACCGAACAAGAAUGUAUGUCACGUUGUGGCAGUGGCGAGCCGCCUGCACCAACUUAUUCCGUCUGCGACCUACCUUUGGAGGCCGGUGAAUGCGAUAACAGUACCACAGCAUGGUACUACGAUAACGAAAAAAUGAUUUGUGUGGCUUUUACUUAUACCGGCUGCGGUGGAAAUGGUAAUCGCUUCCAGUCUCGUGAACAGUGCGAACGCCAGUGCGGCGAAUUCAAGGGAGUUGACGUCUGCAAUGAGGAUGUGUCAAGCGGACCCUGUCGUCAAUGGGAAACGCGCUAUUACUUCAAUAAGACUUCACGUAUAUGCGAGCCAUUUACUUAUGGUGGCUGCCAAGGUACUGGUAAUAGAUUUGAAAAUCGUGGUGAAUGUGAAUCGGUGUGUAUUAUUGGUCAAGAGCCUACUUUCUCACAUAAUAAAGAUAUCUGCAAACAACAAGUGGAUGUAGGACGUUGUAGUGGUCAUUCCCAGACUCAACGUCGUUGGUAUUAUGAUGAUGCUCGUGGCAAUUGUAUUUUGUUUAUCUAUUCGGGUUGUGCGGGCAAUCAAAACAAUUUCCGCUCCUAUGAAUCUUGUUAUAAUUUCUGCUCAAAACCGGAUAUUACUAAUGAAGUUUUGCCCAAUCGUUGUGAAUCAUUUGAAAAUGAGUGUAAUUCGAUGUCUUGUCCUUAUGGAGUGCGGCGUGUUCCUGCUGAUGAUGGUGAAUGUCAACGUUGCGAAUGUAAUAACCCAUGUGCCGAUCACCAAUGCCAUGAAGGACAACAGUGUGCCAUUGAAGUCUCGCCAAACGAACCGGGACAAUUUGUUCCCGUCUGCCGACUCAUUAACAAAUCUGGUGUCUGUCCUCAACUGUCAGCUGAUGACGGUGUUUGCGGUCGUGAAUGCUACACAGAUGCUGACUGUAGGGAUGAUAACAAGUGCUGCAGCAAUGGUUGUGGUUUCGUUUGUGUUCGCCCUACACCGCCUACUGUCCGUACAACAGCGCCUACAACAGCAGCUCCAGUUGUUGUUUAUCCAGGAGAAGUUCGUGCUUCAUUGGUUCCAAAGGAAAGGCCUGAAUUAGAAGUUCAAACCGCAAUGGGUGGCAUUGCUGUCCUUAGAUGUUUUGCCACCGGAAAUCCAGCCCCUAACGUUACCUGGUCCCGUAAUAAUGUAGUGGUUGACACCAAUCAAGGCCGUUACGUGUUGACUUCAAGCGGUGACUUAACAAUUGUCCAAGUUAGACAGACCGACAGUGGAUCGUAUGUUUGUGUGGCCAGUAAUGGAUUGGGCGAACCUGUCAGACGUGAAGUUGAAUUGCAAGUUACAGAGCCUGUUAACUUGCCUGCUUAUGUAUAUGGUGAUAGAAAUGUUACUCAAAUAGUGACACUAAAUAGACCUGCCGUAGUACGUUGUCCUGCUGGUGGUCAUCCAGCACCUAUGGUACAUUGGUGGCGUAAUCGUAGUCGAUUACCAUUGGUCAGUCAACGUUUUGAAUUAGCUCGUGACUAUUCGUUAACAUUCCGUUCGGUUCAACUUUCUGAUUUGGGUCCUUAUACAUGCGAAGCCUGGAAUCGUUUGAGUAGACGUCCGGCGUCCAUCAAAGUAACAUUAGUUGCCGUUGGACCGGCCCGUGCAGUUACUAAUGAUGAUGCACAAUAUCUUCAAUAUAUUGUGGAACCUCCAAAAGCUCCCGCAACACAGCGUCCUUCAUUUCCAUAUCGUCCCACAAGACCUCCAGCAAUUCCACCUCCUUAUGUACCAGCAAUUCCUGUAAGUGCUGUCGUCGGAAUGGAUCCCAACAAUAAUUACGCUCCCGGUUCUACAAUCGCUAUGGGAUGUUCUGUACAGGGCUACCCUAAACCGAACGUAACAUGGAUUAAGGAUGGUUUACCGUUGUUACCAAGCGAACGAAUCCAAAUAUCAGUUGGUGAACCUUAUCGUUUAAUUAUUAACAAUAUAAGUACGGCUGAUUCUGGUAGUUAUGGUUGCAAGGCUGCCAAUGCAGUUAGCUAUUCCAUUAGCGAAGAAAGUGUCAAUGUUGAAUCAACAAUUCCAUUAAAUCCUGAGUGCAUAGAUAAUGAACAUUUCGCAAAUUGCAAACUUAUCGUGAAGGGACGUUAUUGCAAGAAUAAAUACUAUGCGAGAUUCUGUUGCAGAUCAUGUGCUCUGGCUGGUCAGCUCUAAUUCAAACGAUGAUAAUAACAAUGCUGCGUAUUUUUAAACUCCAAGAGUCUAAUAGAGGUCUUUUUUUAAGAGAAAAGCACAAAUUUUGUAUUAAUUUAAGAUUAUUUUGCAUAACGAUUUUAAAAAUGUAGUAGUAGUAGUAUGUAUACAAAAACCUCAGGCCAUUGUAAGUGUUUAAAAAUUAAAAUUUUAGUGUAUAUUUAUCAAAAUAAUUAGAGCGAAAUUCCAAAUAUAGAAAUGAGAUUUUAGUAAAGCAAUGCCAGUUCAAUCUAACGAUUUAUAUAGACAACUUUUAAACAAUGAAGCGACUUUUUUAAUUAACUUUUAAGAAAUUUUAGUAAAUAAUUUGUUCCUAUUUAUUGCCCGAGUCAAUAAAAUAAAUGGUAACUCCGCUACGACAAAGUAUUAAUAUUUAUCCCCCAACAAACAAAUAAAACAAAACAAUAAAUAAAUAAACAAACAAAUAAAAACAAAUAAUAUUAAUAUAACAUAAUAAUAACAAUAACAAUAAGCGAGAUUUGUGCAUUUAAAUAUUUUUGUAAAUAAAAACAAAAUAAUAAUUGA